AUGAAGCUUGCGGCAUUCGUGGAUCGCGUGGAGGCAGCAAUUGCCAGCCAGGACGGUAAAUUAAUGGCACAAAUGCUGAGACUGACGGGUGGGUGUGCAGAUGUGGAACUGCAUGCGCUUACGGCGCAACAAGUUGCACAAACUUGCCAAAAUCUACUGACGCGCUUCGACGGAUACGCUGAGGUCGUGGCGGGCAUAAUUGAAGCGUGCAAGCACUUAAGUUUGCAGAGUUAUACGAAAGCCUAUAGUGCACAGAUCGGUGCUGUUAUAAAAUUUAUGGAGAUGUUUAGAGAGGAAACUAAUUGGGUCAUGCCCUUCCUCCACGUGCUUUUUGUGGAUACGCGGCUGCUGGCUGCUCGGGCGGACAACGAAGCCUCACAGACAACAGGGGACGAAAUUCACGACAGUUUACGCAGUGCGGAACAGCAUCUAAAGAAAGGAUUUGCUAUGGCAGCGAAUGACCGAGCUCCGCUUGAGUACAACAAGAAGAUAGGUGCAUUAUUUAUCGUAAAUCAGCUUUUCAAGAUUUAUUUCAAGCUCAAUAUGAUCCACUUGUGUCGCAAUCUUAUCCGGGCUGUUGAGGGCCCAGCCUUUCCAAAAUUUGAGCUAUUUGACAUGAGCGACAAGGUAACGUACCAAUAUUACGUGGGCCGAAUUUCCAUGUUUGAAGACCAAUAUCAGAAGGCAGAGAAGUGUCUUGACUAUGCGUGGAAGCACUGUCAUCGUAGCAAGAUACGCAACAAGCGCAUGAUUCUGCAGUUUCUUGUACCAGUAAAGCUGUUGCUUGGUAUAAUGCCUUCGCCCAAAUUGCUUUCUGAUUUUGGACUUGAGGAGUACUCGGGUCUCACGGACGCCAUUCGUGGUGGUAAUCUGCAUCUUUUUACGGAGUAUUUGGCUCGUUACCAGGACAAAUUUAUCCAGCAAGGCGUGUAUCUUUUGAUUGAAAAACUUCGCCUCUUGGUUCUAAGAAAUCUAUUCAAGAAAGUCUAUUUGAUUCAGCAAAAUCACCAAUUGCAAAUGCAAGACUUUCAGCUGGCGCUGAAGGUUGCUACCGGGCGCUCUAUGGAGAUGGAUGAGAUUGAGUGCGUUCUCACAAACCUUAUUUUCAAGGGCUACAUCAAAGGGUAUAUGUCGCACAUGAAAAAAAUCCUUGUGGUUAGCAAAACACAGCCAUUUCCUUCAAUAUUGGAUGUGUCAAAAUAA